UAAAUAUUGGACCUUAAAACUUCCCUGGUUCACUGUUGUGAGCCAAUUAACUUCCCCAUUAAAACCCGUUCUUGCAGAUGAACAAUAAUCUUACCUACGCCGUUGGAAGCAUUUUCAGUCCUUUGCCUAAAGGAGGCGUUAGUAGCUACUUUUCAGACAGAAUCGAAAAAUGUCUUCUACCGUGAGCCAAGCAUCUGAAGCCACUUCAGCAGAAGCUGAAAUACAGCCCUGUUCUGAAGUGCUAAAGCAGACGAGUCUCGAACUCCCGACUUAUUUGAGACCUUCCUCCUCUUUCAAAUCUCCCCGGCACUCGUCAAGCCCUAAGAACUUUACGGAUCUCACGUCUGUCAAUGACAAAACAAUUCACGACAAAAUGGACGCAGAUCCUCUGCCUGACGACGAAAUUAGGCCUCUGCUCUCUCCUCCGUCAGCUGACGCUAACUCUGUUGUUGGAGUUGUCAUCGAUGCAGGCGUUACACGGCCUUCAAAGAUGUCGAUAUUUUCUGUGCCUUAUGGAAGGCCUAGAAAGGAAAAAAGGGACAAACUAACAGAAUCAAAAUUUUCAAGCUCGGAUGACUUUCUACUAUGGGCAUGGGGUGGAUCAAGACAUUCGGGAGUUAUUUGUAUGGCAUUCUCAUCAUUUAUCUACAGUAUAAUGGGGCUUUUGGUGGAGAAUUUUGCAGUUACAGAAGUUCCAUCUUCCGAAACUAUAUUUAUAAGGUGUGCAGUCAUCCUUGUUGCUGCUUUUAUCUGGAUCAGGAAGACCGGACAACCUUUGCUUGGGUUACCUCAUGUUAGAGGCCUUCUGGUUGCUAGAACAAUUGCAGGAUAUCUGUCUCUUUUAGGAUUCUUUUACAGCAUUCAAGUGUUGCCCUUGCAUGAUGCCAUUGUGCUAAACUUUACAACCCCAUUUAUGGCAGCCAUUCUUGGAAGGAUCAUAUUGCAGGAGAAAUGGGGAGUUAUAGAAAUUGGAGGCACAGUUUGCAGCUUUCUAGGAGUUUUCCUUAUUUUCUAUCCUGUUCCUCUUUUACAAGGACAGACACCAGAAAGUAAAGCUUCAACUGGCCUAUACAAACCUGGAGAACAGAACUAUAUACAUGCAAUUCUAAUAACUCUAUUAUCUGCUGCAAGCGGAGGAGCCAAUUACUGUUUUAUACGGGCAGCAGCAAAGGCUUCUGAACAACCUAUGAUAACUGUUUUUGCAUUUGCAGCAUUUGCUUGUCCUGUAGCAGCAACUUGCAUGUUUUCCUUUCAGAAAUUUGUGGUUCCAGACAUUUUUGCAUUUAUUGCCAUGAUUAUCAUUGCUCUCUUGGCUUUUGUGGCAGAGGUGCUGCUUGCACGGGGACUGCAGCUUGAAAAGGCGUGCCGAGCAACAAGCAUUCUGUAUGUAGAGGCUCUUACAUCAUAUGUCUUACAACUUGUGUUCCUAGAACAAACUCCGUCAGUUGUCGGUCUUUCCGGAGCUGCACUUGUUUUUGUAUCAACCGUGACCAUAGCAUACUUUGGAAGAGAUAAGAUUUCAGAUUCUUAGUUGUAACUAUUGAUCACCACUCCUGGUGUAGGAUUAAUUUAUUAUGCAUUUAUAUUUAGAAGAUAAUUCAUUAUUAAUUAUUCUUUAUGGUCUACACUCUCAAUUUUUAUUGUAGAAAAUAUUCAUGUUGGCCAAUUUAAAUUUUGACCAGAGAAAAUACAUUGGCCGUUUAAUAAAUCUUUCUCAUCAAACAAGAGAUGGUAACAGUCACUUGUGCUCAGUCAAUUCAUUUAUAUUAGUAUAUUGUUUGCCAAA